AAUAGGAAAAGAAGAAAUUAAUUAUCCUUAUUGUUAGUAUGUCAGUCCGAUGUUAUUAAUGAAGAACUCUUGUGAGAAACACCUAAAAGAAUUCCUGGAAAAUAUCCAGGAAGAGUCCUGGGGGAAUACCUGAUGCUGUCUCGGGAACCUUGUGAUGGCAAAAUCGCGUGUCAUGACUCGAACAUGCGUGCUUGUCAACAGCGCAAUCGUUGCUACACUCACCUCUGAACUAACGACUAGAAAUGUUUGUGCUAAAACAAAUUAUGUAGGGAAUCGCGCUACUUGGGCGGUGGCUUCUAUAUUCGUCUGUUUUCCAUUAUAACUCAGUCAAUCUUGAACCAAUUGACACAAUUCUUGGAAUGCGGUGAGAUAGGUAUAGUAUCUACCCGUGUACAAAAUUUCAAGUCAAUCGGUUCAAAAUUGACCGAGUUACAGUGGAAAACAGACGAAAAUAACAGACGAAGAAAACCACCGCCCAAGUAGCGCGAUACCCUAUCUGUUGGAAACUUCAACAGCAAAUACGUCAAUUGUUUGGUUUGUUUACCGCAUGAUGAACCAUUCCCUACGGAUGCUUCCAAACAACUCGCAUUUCAAAAGACCUUCCGCUAAUUAUCUGGAGCAGCUCAGACAUUAACCCGGGAGCGGUCGCGUCGUGUACUGAGUACACGCACCAUGAAAAAUGCACGCAUGCGGUACACAGCCUGAGCGCAGCGUCGCUGCAGGUAGAUGAAAAAGACGCGACUGCUCGAGGGUUAGCUUCACGGAGAAGAUUUUUGGCAUGUUGAGAUAAUAUUUCUGAUAGUUAUUUGGACUAAUAAGCUGAUAGUUAUUUUGAAUGAGAUUUUUUGUUAUUUUGGAUUUUUUUCUACAGUUACACGGAUCAUGUUUUAUUAUCAAAACAACCAUAUACAAAUAUUAACAAUGAAAUAUUAAUUACAACUAAACUUCUGGUUGAUUCAAUUGACUAUCUUUAUAAAUAAGUGAAGUAUAGUUGAAUGAAUCAUGUAAAUGCCGAUGCCGACUCCAAGCGCGUUUUCUCGUUUUUCCAAAAUGGCGUCUAACAGUGAAAAUAUUGUGGAAGAGUUGAUUGAGGUAGAAGUUCUGCUAGAUCAGGAUGUUUUGAACUUGUUAAAAUCAUUCAACCUCUCGGAUCAGGCCAUUGAACAAUUCCUCACAAACGGCUACGAUAUCGCCUCGCUGAGUAUCAUUGAGCGAGAAGAAGUGGAAGCACUACUGCCACCGCCAUUGUUGGCGGACCGUACGAAAUCCAUUGAUGGAUUAAAUAAAUGGCGAAUUUCCCAGGGUCUACGACCAGUUUCAAAACCCUUGAAGGAGAUCUGCCAGAGUAGCUCUUCGUACAAAAACGGCGCUUCGUCAAAAACGUCCCUUGGUGCGCGGCCGAGAGCUGAAUGGACGGCCCAGAAUCUGAUUUCCCGAUCCAAGAAAGGGAUUCAAAUUCUGGAACAGUUCAAAACCACCAACAUUCUAUCUAAAAAGGACCGGAUUUUCAUAACGCACCUAAUCGUUGACGAAUUCACCGACGAGUUCGGAAAGCUUACCAGAGAAGAGCUUAUAAACAGAUCAGCGGAAUUGUCUGUGCUAUUUCCGACAACCGAGCAGCACAUCUGGUAUCAACCUGCGUUUUGUCGUGACCCAAGUGGCAAAAAAAUCAAAUUUGGACGUGUGCCCAAAGGUUGCCUGUACGAUCGUAAUAAUAAUUACCUGUCGAGCGGCAAUAAAGUGACAAAAACCCCUACAUCGAACCCACCGAGGCCAGAUCAGCAGGAAAACCCGACUUUGCAGCUGGAUGUCAACAUCACCGAGGAAGCAGUGACUGCAUAUCAGGAAUCUAAGAGAUGGUUUAAGCAUCACCACGACGAAUGGGAAGAUCUGAAAAGGCGUUGGGAGGCGACUAGUACGGUACGGUUGUACGAAAUAGGCAAACUGGAGGUGCCAUCAUAUCAGAGCAUUCUGGAAGAGUAUCCGGUGCUGCGAACAGGCGACGGGUACCAGCUUGUAAAGGUGGACUUCCACCAGAAAUUUCCAGAAAAGGUUGAUCUUUUGUUCAAUCGGUUCGUGGACUUUCGAACCCGUGCACAAGUUGUCUUCAGCAACGAAGUAUCACCACAAGGGAAACCUCUAUGCGACUUCCUUAAUCACGAUGAUUUGAACGACGAUUCCCGUGAUUGCAUCACAGCGACACUUAUUCUUUACGUUUGGCCCAGUGUAGUCAUGCGCCUUCCGAAUGGAGCAAAAUGGAAGCCGUCACUUCAGGAAGUCUGUGAUAGCAGCAUUGUUUUCAUGAAAUCCUUGACCGAGUACGAGACGGAGCUUGCACGCCUUCACAAUCAAAACCGAAAGAGGGGACUGCCGGAUUAUCCAGUGAUAGUAGUUGUCGGCGAGGACAUCAGGGGAGCCAAUCAAUUCAUCGUGUGCUUCAAUGAUAUCGCUUACAAAGCUGAAACGUUCCUGAAGGCUCUGGACAUCACUUUCAAGAUAUACAAGGCCUAUGGAAUAGCCUUUCCGUUGGAAGCUACGGGACCCUGGCAGUUCAUCGCGAGCUACUUCUACGAUUUUGACGUUCCGAAUGAUCGAUAUAAAGCCAGAACUCUGAUGCUUAUUUCGACGCUUCGUAACCAUCUGCCUUCGAAAUGAUUAAAUGUUUCAUUCCCGGUUGCAGCUGGAAGACUGCAUGCCCCAAUCUCUUCAGUCUCCAUUUACGACGGCUGCAUGAACCGAUCGACGUGUAUACUUGCUCAGAGUUGAAUUGCGGAAGAAGAUUUAGCGUAAGAUGUUUUUUUAUAGCCCACGUUAAGAAACAUAUUAGGAACGGAGCAGGUGAAAUUGAAAGUAGAAAAUACAGAGAAACAACCGUAAAUGAAAGUGAAAUGUGUUUGAUAAAUAACAGAUUAGAACGCGAUUCCUUAGUAAGCGAAAACAAUUUAAACGAUGCAACAAAAGAAGAAAAUGAGCAAAUAGUUGAACCAGAUGAAUUAGGAAAUAGAAGCGAACCGGCACCACUAAUUAACAUCGAGAAGUUAUCACAAGAAUUUUCACGUUUAAACGUUGGAUUCAACCUCAAAUGGUUAGACAAGAGUUCCGUCUCUCGUAAGCUCGUCUUUGAAUUUCAAGAGGAUGUUCGUGCCAAUAUUUUAAAACCGAUUGAAAAUGUUGUAAAUAUAAUGUCAGAUGCCGGACUCAUUUCCUCAUUAGGAAAGGAUGCUUUGAGUUCUAUGUUUGCGAUGUUCUCCAAUGUACAUUCAGAAUACCAGUUUGUUCGUCAAUUGAAAUCCAUGCAACUCUAUGAAGAUCCGAUUUACUUUACCAUAAGUAGUGAGUUACGGCCUGGCGUGAUCGACCAUAAGCUUGAUAUGAUAGUUGAUGAUGUUAAAGGAGUUUUGAUGCCGAUCGGUUUCCAUUUGAAAAAAUACUUGGAAUCGGCAGGGAUGAUGGAUGCAAUUUUCGAUUGCUUAAAACCUUCAACAGACGGAGUUAUCAGAUCAUUGGUAGACGGCAAAAUCUGGCGCGAUAAGGUAGAAGACGCAAAAGAAAGAAUUGUAAUUCCUAUUAAUUUAUUCAUUGAUGAUUUCACCACUAGCGACACUGUGUCUCCACAUG